CCCUGGAGCUAUCCCAGCCCCCGGUCCCCUCUCUCUUGGCCCUGAGUGCUCCCUGGGGGAGCAGAACACACCCAGCAAGGGGCUGAAUCGAAGCAGAGACACACUCCUCUGCCACCAGCGAGGAGAAACCACCAUGGCAGAGAACUACAGCUGGUGGAAGCUCACCUUCCUGCGGAAGAAGAAAUCCACCCCCAAGGUCCUGUACGAGAGCCCAGACAUCUAUGCCAACGAGAACCACCAGGAGGCCACACGGACAGAGGUGGGGAGUGACGGUGGCGCCGACAGUGAAUUCAAUGUCCGGCUGGAGAAGAUCGUGGAUAAGAACACAAAAGGCAAACACGUCAAGGUCUCCAACUCCGGGCGCUUCAAGGAGAAGAAGAAAGUGCGAUCUACGCUGGCCGAAAACCCCAACCUCUUCACCGCUGGCGAGCGGGAGGAGAAGUGAGGCAGGGGAAAGCAGGCAUUUGGGGGAAAAGCGCUGCAGGGUGGAACCAAUGCCCUGAGGCCAUCACGCGUGGACCCUUCACGACUCAGAGCCAGCCUAGAUGUCAAUUCUGUUCUCUCCGCAAAUGAAGUAACGAGGGGGCAGGGACCGCCCCGCUGUAGAUUUCAAAGACUCUCGGUUCUGAUGUGCACUCGUGAAGGAGAAGGGACUCAAUACUUUUAAUUUAAUACCAAUCAUCAUAUUUAAAAUAAAUGCCACUGGGUGAUUGUCAUGAGAUGGAGGCACCCAGAUCUUGCUCUGAAGCCUUGUAGGUGGGGAGGAGUCAAACACAGCAGUUCAGAGGCCCCUUGCAAACACUCUCAGCAGUGCCCAAGGGCUCAGAAUCAGCCGUCUGCUGCAGGGGGCCAUGGGAUGGGAGGAGCCAGCUGAUUCUCAUCCACCCUGUUAUUCUACCACUGCACCUAGAAGAUGGCUGAGAAGGGCUAGAAACUUCACCUGGCUCUGCCCUGGGGGAUUUCACAGCAACUAGCCUCAGCUCUGUCCGCACCCACCGACACAGGAAAGGUAAACGUAAGGCUGGCUGGGAAACAGGGUUGCAUCUUUUAAUACCACAGAGAUUCCCUGGCCUGGGAAAGAGAAAUACUUGGCCACAGGCAGUCACCAGCUGAACUGCACCACUAAAGGCAGAACUGGGAAUAGGACCCGGGAUCCUUGUGUCCUGGAUAGCAGCACUCAGACAGUUGAGCUAAAGGAGAACCAACCUUAGCUGUAGCAAUAGCGUCUCUUGGCCUUCAGCUACUACAGAGCAACACUUGAGUAGAUCUGUUCUUCCAGCCAGCGGGGGGGGGGGGGGGGCACGGGGGUAAGACAACUGAAGAUUCCACUGAUAGAAGAAACUACGGCCAGUCAGGUCGGGGGUCUGGGGGCUUUGGAAUGGGGUUACGGCCCUGAGAGCUUAUUUUCUUUGACUCACUGUUGGGCACUGGUUGAUGUAGAAACCAGCUGAAGUCUGCUAGGUGACUCUCUAAGAGAGGACAGAUGGUCUAGUGGUUAGCACAGGAGCACCAGGAAUGAGAAAGGCAGGAAUAGAAUCCAGGCUCUCCCUCUAGCUAUGCCUCAGUUUCCUGCUAUGAGCACGAAAGGGCCAUCUUUCGAGUCAGCUUUUGAACCAUAAUCUUGCUUUGACGUUUCCUUCU